UAAGCUUCCUCCACAAUCCCAAUCUCUCGAAAUCUCGUUGGCCUUGACUACCACUCUCUCACACUCUCUCUCUUUCAAAGUUUGUAUAUUGAGAAAAAAGAGCGAAAGAGUAGAAUCCAGGCAAUCUUGGGUUAAGGCUAGGAUUUCCAUUUUUUUUUUCACAAAAUCAAAUCGAUCAUAUUUUUCAUCAGAUCACACCACCUGGAUUUUACCGUCCUGUUGAACCCCUUUUUUUCGUUUUCUUUUCUCUAACGAUGGUGAUUUCACCUAGAAACCCCAAUUCAAUCAUUUCGAAAUCAAUCGAUUCUAUUAAAAUCAAUCUCUAUAUCUUUAAUCGCUGUAAAAGCCUUUAGCUUAGGGUGUUUUUUUUUUUCAUUUUAACUGAUGUGAGGAUUUCAUUUUGGUCAACUAUUGUGUAAAUACCCAUCGGUUCGCACAGGUAUACAGAGAUAAUUUUAAUUAGGGUUCCUUAGGGAUUUGGCUGUGAUUUUGAUUGCGAUUGAUCUGGUGUCCGAAUUUGGGGAUAUAAUGAUAAUUGAGGAAUUGAGUGGAGGUGAGUUGGAAAGAGGGGAGGGGGGGAAGGAAUUGUGUUUAGGAAGUGCUAAGGAGGAGAGUGAAGGUGUUAUUGUGUGGGAUGCGAAGCGGGUUUUUAUUGGAGUCGGAGCUCGGGCUUUGUUUUACCCGACUUUGCUUUAUAAUGUUGUUAGGAACAAGGUCCAGGCUGAGUUUCGCUGGUGGGAUAGAGUCCAUGAGUUUAUAUUGUUAGGUGCUGUUCCAUUGCCUUCUGAUGUUCCAUGCCUAAAGGGGCUUGGUGUUGGUGGAGUGAUAACACUGAACGAACCGUAUGAGACUUUGGUACCAACUUCUUUAUACCAUGCUUAUGGCAUUGACCAUCUGGUGCUUCCUACAAGAGACUACUGCUUUGCUCCGUCCUUGAAUGAUAUAAGCAAAGCUGUAGCAUUCAUUCAUGAAAAUGUAUCAUUUGGACAAACUACUUAUGUUCAUUGCAAAGCUGGCCGGGGACGCAGCACAACCAUUGUUAUAUGCUACCUGGUGCACCACAAGCAGAUGACACCUGAGGCUGCAUAUAAAUAUUUGAGGUCAAUCCGACCAAGAGUGCUUCUAGCAUCUGCUCAAUGGAAGGCUGUUCAGGAAUAUUAUCAUCUAAAGGUGAACACUAGUGAUCACAACAUCAAAAUGACUGAUGUAGUUUUGGGAACUCCAAAGCAAGCACUUUUGCAGGAUCUGGUGCCUUUUGAUGAUGGCUCUGUAGUUGUUGUUACAGAAGCAGAUCUUGAUGGAUACAAACCAAAUCUUGAAUCUGGGCCUGUGGGAAGUGAGAUAUGGGCUGAUCUAAGUGUGGUCUGCCGGGUUCGAGUUGCUAGUCAGGCAGCUCUGGAAAGAAUAUCCUGCCUCUGGCUCCGCUGCCAGACUCACCAGAAGAUUGUUGGGGAGCAAUUAAACAGGAAGAACAGCUGCUCAAUCAUGGCAGAUCACCUGGGAGCUAUCAGUGUUGACAUUCAUGUGUAUUGAAUAGCUGCUGAAAUUGCAUACAAGUUUGACAAGGUCUUUUUCUUUUUUAAAUUUCCCCGUAUAUAAAGUGAAAUAAUGUUCAAUUAGGCAGGAAAGAACUUCGGUUCUUUUCUCACCCCUUAUAAAUCGAGCUGUUCUUAGUCUCAAGUCAAAUGUAAGAAACACGAGCAAAAUGCUCAAUUUAAUGAUGGUGCAGUUCGUGGAAGAA